UGGAAAGAGAAAAGCAAAGCAAAAUUCCUCUUUUUCUAGACAGAGAGGCAACGAAAACUAUAAAUAAUCGAAUCAGAAUCUUCGAAAGCGAGAAAGAGAGGGAGAGAGAGAGAAUUAAGCCGAAAGGGGAUUAGGGUUUUUGUUGGAUUCUAAUUGAGAAUCGAAUCCAUAUCCGUGGUUCUUCAAUGGCGGGUCUCUCUCUCAAAUGCGGGGACUGUGGGGCCCUUCUCAAGUCUGUAGAAGAAGCUCAAGAACACGCAGAGCUUACUUCUCACUCGAAUUUCUCUGAAUCUACGGAAGCCGUCCUCAAUCUCGUCUGUACUACUUGUCGCAAGCCUUGUCGAUCAAAAACUGAAAGCGAUUUGCAUACGAAAAGAACAGGGCACACUGAGUUCGUUGAUAAGACUUCGGAGGCAGCGAAACCGAUCUCUUUAGAGGUUCCAAAAUCUUCUGCUCCUGGUCAGCCAGAGGAAGGUACCGAAGCUGGUGAAAGUAGUCAGCCUGAAGAAAUGGUUGUUCCUGAAGUUGAUAUGAACCUGCUUGGUGAACUUGAAGCAAUGGGAUUCCCAAAGGCCAGGGCAACACGUGCACUUCAUUAUUCUGGCAAUGCUAGCAUUGAGGCGGCUGUAAAUUGGGUUAUUGAACAUGAAAAUGACCCUGACAUUGAUCAGAUGCCUAUGGUACCUGCUAAUAGCAAAGUUGAGGCUGCAAAAUCAAAACCAUCUCUUACUCCGGAGGAAAUAAAGAUCAAACAACAAGAAUUAAGGGAGCGAGCUCGGAAAAAGAAAGAGGAGGAGGAAAAGAGAAUGGAAAUUGAAAGGGAGAAGGAAAGGAUUCGAGCUGGUAAGGAAUUACUUGAAGCAAAGCGAAUUGAGGAGGAUAAUGAAAGAAAACGUAUAUUGGCCUUGCGGAAAGCAGAGAAAGAAGAAGAGAAAAGAGCAAGGGAGAAAAUCAGACAGAAACUAGAGGAAGAUAAGGCAGAAAGGAGGAGGAAGCUUGGGUUGCCAGCUGAAGACCCUGCAGCUGUAAAACCCCCCACACCUGUCGUGGAGGAAAGAAAGAGUUCAUUGCCUGUUAGGCCUGCUACAAAGGCUGAGCGCAUGAGAGACUGUUUACGAUCUCUUAAGCAAAAUCACAAGGAUGAUGAUGCUAAAGUGAAGAGGGCAUUCCAGACUCUUCUAACUUAUGUGGGGAAUGUUGCAAAGAAUCCGAAUGAGGAGAAGUUCAGAAAGAUUCGACUCAACAAUCCAUCAUUUCAGGAGAGAGUUGGUAGCUUAAAAGGGGGAGUUGAGUUUCUUGAAGUCGCUGGAUUUGAGAAAAUUGAAGGUGGUGAGUUCUUGUUUCUUCCAAGAGACAAAGUUGACAUGGCAGUGCUAAACACAGCUGGGUCCGAGUUAAACUCCGCAAUCGUAAAUCCUUUCUUUGGUGUUCUCUGAGGUAGGGGCAUCUCUUGUUGUAAGUGAAGGCCUCGUGUGUUAAAUGGGCUCGGAAUAUGUCGAU